GCCGCCUCCGUCGCCUUCAACAGCGUGGUGAUGCUGUCGUCAGCGAUUUCGUACCCAUUCGUCUUCGCAGACUACUUGGCGGAGCUAGGACACGGCACUGAGGCCAUGACCACCAUCGUCAGUGUCUGCAUGUGCAUAUCCUCAUUCUCCGGUCUGCUGUGCAAUCAGCUAUUUCGGCGAUUCUCCUACAGACAGAUCGCGUUGGCGGGAGCUGUGUUUUUCGUUUUAGGACAAGGACCAGUGGCGUUGGCGACAUCGUUUACACACUUUAUACUCUCAGCUCUAUGUCUCGGUAUCGGUAUAGGACUGAUAAUGCCGGCCACGUUCACGUGCUUCAACAGCUACUUCGACCGCAGGAGGACCUUCGUGAUGGGCCUGGUGCAGUUCGUCGUGGGGCUGGGGACCGUCGGCAUCCCGGUCGUGGCGCAGAGACUCGUAGCGUCGGUCGGCUUCAGAAUGACGCAGGGUAUACUGUUCGCAAUCAGUCUUCUGUUGUUCCCUGGAAUGGCAGUUAUGAGACCUAUAAAAUAUUCGGAGAGUUAUCAAAGCGUAGAAAGCAAUGAAGACUCCUCAGUACAAACUGGCAACCCAGAGGAAACACAUGAAGAAAAUCAAACUGGAACGAAAAAAGGAUCUAUGAUAGACUUAGUGGACGCAAAGUUCGUACACGACUUUAUCACGCGAAGCACAGAGAAUGUAAAUUACAGUCGUCUUAACACGUCGGACGACAACGCUGAAAAGCAUGAGAGAUCAGAUGAACAGAAAUGUGACCUUCUGCAGAAGGGGAGAAAUGCUAAGGAGGAGGAUAUGUUCAACAGCGACAGCAAGACGACUCAGCGCGGAGGCGGCAGCCUGCGACCACGGGUCUCCGUCACCAGCGUGGUCAGCGCACCGUUUCCGGAUUCUGUGGGCAACAAGUCGCAGACCUCGUCCAAAAGCUGGUGGAUGACCGUGGUGGACCUGUUCGACCUGAGACUGCUGCAAGACCUGCGCUGCACCAACAUCCUGGUGGGCACGGCGCUCUCCAUGUUCGUUGACAUGGUGUUCUGCACGCUGCUGCCGCUCUACCUGUUCCACAACGAGUUCUCCCGCGAGGACUCCGCGCUCUGCAUAUCCGUGAUGGGGAUCGCCGACCUCGUCGGCCGCUUCAGCGUGGCUGUGCUGGGAGCCUGCUGCGUGCCCGACAACAGGCUGGUCUUCCUACUGAGCUCAGCGGCGACUCUGGUCAUCCGAGCACUGUAUAUCUUCUUCACCGACUUCGUGGCCAUCGCGGUGCUGUGUGCGCUACUGGGCUUCUGCAAGUGCUUCAUGUUCGUGCUGGCGCCGCUCGUGGUGGCCGACUCUUGCAGCCAGGAGCGCUUCCCCGCCGCCCUCGGGAUCCAGACUGUUAUGGGCGGCGUAAUGACCGUGGCGUUUGGACCUGCCAUCGGUAAAGUCAGAGAUGUGACUGGCAGCUUCACCGCGAGUUUUAUUGCAAUCACCGUCCUCGGUCUGUUCUGUGUGGUACCGUGGACUCUGGAAAUGGUUGUAACCGCAGUCAGGAGACGGCGAAAGGUGAUCAACAAGUGA